GCAAUCAAUCCGGGAGCGGCGGGUUCGGCGCGGCGUGCUCGGUGGCGGCGGCUCUGAGUUCCCGGGCGUCGGUGGACAGUGGUGGGGCCGAGGCGUGGCCAGUGAGGUUUCGGGUCGCGGCGUCGGGCUCCGAAGGCUAUAGAGGCGUGGGAACGAAGAGGAGGAGGAUGGCGGAGGCGGCCGACAAGCUCUACCGGGUGGAGUACGCCAAGAGCGGACGCGCGUCUUGCAAGAAAUGCAGCGAGAGCAUCGCCAAGGACUCGCUCCGGAUGGCCAUCAUGGUGCAGUCACCUAUGUUCGAUGGAAAAGUUCCCAACUGGUACCACUUUGCCUGCUUCUGGAAGAUUGGCCACUCCAUCCGUCAGCCUGAUGCCGAGGUGGACGGCUUCUCCGAGCUGCGUUGGGACGACCAGCAGAAGGUCAAGAAGACAGCGGAGGCCGGGGGCUUGUCAGGCAAAGGAGUUGGCAGCAAGGCGGAGAAGACGCUGGGGGACUUUGCAGCAGAGUACGCCAAGUCUAACAGGAGCACGUGCAAGGGCUGCAUGGAGAAGAUCGAGAAGGGUCAGGUGCGCCUGUCCAAGAAAAUGGUGGACCCAGAGAAGCCCCAGCUGGGCAUGAUCGACCGCUGGUACCACCCAGACUGCUUCGUGAAGAAAAGGGAGGAGCUGGGCUUCCGGCUCGAAUACAGCGCCAGUCAGUUCAAGGGCUUCAGUCUGCUUAGUGCAGAAGACAAGGAGACCCUGAAGAAGCAGCUCCCUGCCGUGAAGAGUGAAGGGAAGAGAAAAGGUGAUGAGGUGGAUGGAAUGGAUGAAGUGGCCAAGAAGAAAAUUAAGAAAGAGAAAGACAAGGACAGUAAGCUUGAGAAGGCCCUGAAGGCUCAGAACGACCUGAUCUGGAACGUCAAGGACGAGCUCAAGAAAGCGUGCUCCACCAACGACCUGAAGGAGUUGCUCAUCUUCAACAAUCAGCAAGUGCCUUCUGGGGAGUCGGCGAUCUUGGACCGCGUGGCUGAUGGCAUGGUAUUCGGGGCUCUGCUGCCCUGUGAGGAGUGCUCGGGCCAGUUGGUCUUUAAGAGCGAUGCUUACUACUGCACCGGGGAUGUCACUGCCUGGACAAAGUGCAUGGUCAAGACGCAGAUCCCGAACCGGAAGGAAUGGGUAACCCCCAAGGAAUUCCGAGUCAUCCCUUGCCUCAAGAAGUUGAAGAUUAAAAAACAAGAUCGGAUAUUUCCACCCGAGUCCAGUGCCCCAGUGGCCGCUGCGCCCCCACCCACCACAACCUCCGUGCCCGCCACCGUGAACAACUCUGCUCCUGCAGACAAGCCCUUAGCCAACAUGAAGAUCCUCACUCUUGGAAAACUCUCCCAGAACAAGGAUGAAGUGAAGGCCACGAUCGAGAAUCUCGGGGGCAAGUUAACAGGGACGGCCAACAAGGCCUCCCUGUGCAUCAGCACUAAAAAGGAGGUGGAGAAGAUGAGUAAGAAGAUGGAGGAGGUGAAAGGAGCCAACAUCCGAGUUGUGUCAGAGGAUUUCCUUCAGGAUGUUGCUGGCUCAGCCAAGAGCCUUCAGGAGCUGCUCACCAUCCACAUCUUGUCCCCCUGGGGGGCUGAGGUGAAGGUAGAACCUGUUGAAGUCUUAAUCCCAACAGGAAAGUCUUUGGGAGCUGCGGUCCCCAAGAAGAGCAAGGCCCCCGUCAAGGAGGAAGGACUCAACAAAUCUGAGAAGAGAGUAAAGUUAACUCUUAAAGGAGGAGCAGCCGUCGAUCCUGACUCAGGUCUUGAACAUUCUGCCCACGUCCUGGAGAAAGGUGGGAAGGUGUUCAGCGCCACCCUGGGCCUGGUGGACAUUGUGAAAGGCACCAACUCCUACUACAAGCUGCAACUCCUGGAGGACGACAAGGAGAACAGGUACUGGAUAUUCAGGUCCUGGGGCCGUGUGGGCACAGUGAUUGGUAGUAACAAACUGGAGCGAAUGCCUUCCAAAGAGGAAGCCAUGGAUCAUUUUAUGAAGUUAUAUGAAGAGAAAACAGGCAAUGCCUGGCACGCCAAAAACUUCACCAAGUAUCCCAAGAAGUUCUACCCUCUGGAGAUAGACUAUGGCCAGGAUGAAGAGGCUGUGAAGAAGCUGACGGUGAAUCCCGGCACCAAAUCCAAGCUCCCCAAGCCAGUGCAGGACCUCAAGAUGAUCUUUGACGUGGAAAGUAUGAAGAAAGCCAUGGUGGAGUUUGAGAUUGACCUUCAGAAGAUGCCGUUGGGGAAACUGAGCAAAAGGCAGAUCCAGGCUGCAUACUCCAUCCUCAGUGAGGUCCAGCAGGCACUGUCACAGAGCAGCAGUGACUCUCAGAUCCUGGAUCUCUCUAAUCGCUUCUACACCCUGAUCCCCCAUGACUUUGGGAUGAAGAAGCCUCCACUCCUGAACAGCGCAGACAGCGUACAGGCCAAGGUAGAAAUGCUCGACAACCUGCUGGACAUCGAGGUGGCCUACAGCCUGCUCAGGGGCGGUUCCGACGAUGGCAGCAAGGACCCCAUUGAUGUCAACUACGAGAAGCUCAAAACGGACAUUAAGGUGGUGGACAAAGAUUCUGAAGAAGCCGAGACCAUCAGGAAAUAUGUCAAGAACACUCAUGCGACCACACACAAUGCUUAUGACCUGGAAGUCAUUGAUAUAUUCAAGAUAGAACGGGAAGGGGAGAGCCAGCGCUACAAGCCAUUCAAGCAGCUGCAUAACCGGAGGCUGCUGUGGCACGGGUCCAGGACCACCAACUUUGCCGGCAUCCUGUCCCAGGGGCUGCGGAUAGCCCCGCCCGAAGCGCCUGUGACAGGCUAUAUGUUCGGGAAAGGGAUCUAUUUCGCUGACAUGGUCUCCAAGAGUGCCAAUUACUGCCACACGUCUCAGGGAGACCCAAUUGGCUUAAUCCUACUGGGAGAAGUUGCCCUUGGAAACAUGUAUGAGCUGAAACACGCGUCUCACAUCAGCAAGCUCCCCAAGGGCAAGCACAGUGUCAAAGGCUUGGGCAAAACUACCCCUGAUCCCUCAGCUAGUGUCACUAUGGAGGGCAUCGAGGUUCCUCUUGGGACUGGGAUUCCAUCUGGUGUUAAUGACACCUGUCUUCUAUAUAAUGAGUACAUCGUCUAUGAUAUUGCUCAGGUGCAUUUGAAGUACCUGCUGAAGUUGAAAUUCAAUUUUAAGACGUCCCUGUGGUGAAUUGGGCUGUCGCCGGGCCACAGCCAGUGACUGCUCUGGUAUGGAUUUGCCUGACGAGCCUCACACUGACCCACUGGGCAGAACACUCCCCUGGGCUGGCAAGGGGAUGACACCUUUACUAAAGCUCCUUAAAGAGGAUUUUAUAUGGACACUCAGUCACAUUUAAACAUUAUUCUCUGACUUUUCAAAUCUCUUUUUUUGUGUUGGUUUAGGGUUAGGGGUGGGAGUUGUUCCAGAUUUUUUUUUUUCCCCUGCUCACCACAACCUGGCAGGCAAAACUGACAGUAGAGGGAACAUUGGGGACAGUUGCUUUUUGCCUCCACUGGGGCCGUGGAAAGAACCAAGCCACCACCUCAAGAGCAGGUGCCAUAACUGGCUGCCCCAGGGAAGGAAAAAAUAAUAUUGCCCCCCCCCUUUUUUUUUCCUUAAGUGUUUUUAGUUUUGCUUUUGGAAGAACUGUUAAACCUUUAUUUUGAGGUUAAAAAUAAAAACUAGUUUCAUCCUAUUUAGGUUUUCUCUUCUCCACCCCCAUUUCUUAUCACCCUUUUAGCUCCCUCCCCUUUUAUGUUUUUUUUUUUUUUUAACAAGGGUUCAGGAGGAGACCACAAAGAGAAACACAAACUAUUUCAGACCCCAAAAGUGCUUUCCUUUUCUAGACACUUGAAUGUGGAAUCUCUCAGCGGAUGUAGUGUAGGAAAUCUAAAAUUGCACUCAAAAGCCUUUCCUCAGAGCAAAACUUGUCUUCCAGAUGAAAACUAUAUGUCUACAGCAACCCAAGGGCUAGUAGUAAUCCUGAAUUAAAACAGAGAUGGCAUCUGUA